CUCACCCCCAGCCAUUUUCCCCUCCUUCGUCUCUCGCUCUCGCUCUCUGCAAGUGAUCUGCGAAAGCAUUUAGAACCCUAGAAAUCUCUAAAAUCUCGAACCUCACAUCUCCUCAUCUCAUUCACUCGCCUCUGCAAUUUCCGUAUCGUUGACCGACGAUCAGUGCCGUUCCUUGCUCUCGAUCUCGACUUCGGGACUUAUCUCGACAGUCGGAUGGCUGAAGGCAAGCUCCACCUUCCCGACGAUCUCCUUUCAUCCAAACCGUCUGAUCAGUCAUGGACCCCCAAAGUGGAUGCUUUAGGAAGGAAUGAUGAUGAAAGGGGGGUGAUGGGGCUGCUUGAUGAUACAAAAGAUCAAGCAGCAUCAGAAAGCAGCAUUCCUUUGUCUCCUCAGUGGCUUUAUUCCAAACCUAGUGAGACAAAGAUGGAAGUGCGUGUACCAAUUUCCCUUUCUCUUGGAAAUUCUGCUGAUCCUAAUCAGAAGGAGGGCUGGCGUCCAGAUGUUCCUGAGGACAAAAAGGAUUGGAGAAGAAUUGCAACUGAGACUGAUGGUGGACGCCGCUGGCGUGAAGAAGAAAGGGAAACCAGCUUGCUUGGCAGAAGAGAUCGCAGGAAGACUGAUCGCCGUGUUGAGAACACUUCGGUUAGAGACAACACUGAAAGUAGAGCUAUGUCUACUGAUAGGUGGCAUGAUGCUGGUAAUCGGAGUUCUGCACAUGAUGCCAGGCGUGAUAGCAAGUGGUCAUCUAGGUGGGGUCCUGAAGAAAGGGAUAAGGAAUCUCGGAUUGAGAAAAGGGCAGAUGUUGAGAAGGAUGAUACUAACAAUGAUGGCCAAUCAUUUGUAGGAAGCAUCCCCAGAUCUGGUCCCGAGCGUGAUUCAGAUUCUCGUGACAAGUGGAGGCCACGCCAUAGGAUGGAGGGAAAUUCUAGUGGGCCAGGUUCAUACCGCGCUGCACCUGGGUUUGGAUCUGAGAGGGGAAGGGCAGAGGGGCCUUUUACAGGGUUUACUUUAGGACGGGGAAGAUCGAGUGUUGCAGUUGUAAGACCUCCAUCUGUGGGUUCUCUCGGUGUUACUCAAUUUGACAGGACAGAGAGUGUCCCUGGGAAACUAUGCUCAUUGACUGAUACAUUUUGCUACCCAAGGGGGAAACUUCUUGAUAUUUAUCGGAAGAAAAAAGUUGAUCCAUCUUUUGCUGUGAUGCCUGAACAGAUGGAGGAAAUACCUCCUAUAACACAAGUUACUGCACUUGAACCAUUGGCUUUUGUCAGCCCUGACACCGAUGAAGAGGCUAUCAUUGGUGAUUUGUGGAAGGGAAAAAUAACUAGUAGUGGGGUAGUGUACAGUCCAUUUAGAAAGGGCAGAUCAACUGAUAAUGUCACAGAUGUCAGAGACUUGGAACUUACCAAUGGAAAACUGGGUGUUUUGUCUUCAUAUAUAUCUGAUGAGAUUGUUGAUGCCUCUGGUGGAGUUGUAAAUGAUAAUACUCGGCAGGCUGAUAUUUACAGCAUCUUGAACAAGGGUGAUGCUAAAAUGAGUUCAGCAGAUGGAGGAGAUGCUAAUUGUGAAGCAGAAGGUGAAGUUGAUGCAGCUGCUAUUGGGAUGAAUGCAGAUGAACUGGUGCCAGCAACUUCAAACAAUAACAGUUUUUAUGAUGUAAAUGCAUCUCAGCUUAAAGUUGCAGAUGCUACCUUCAUCAAGCAUGCUUCUUUGAAGGAUGUUGUCUCUGCUGCUGCUUUUGGACUCACUACCAAGCUCCUGGAUGAUUCAAAUUCUCUAUUUGUUUCUCCAUCUACUGGGCAGGGUUGGAGUGGCAAUGUACAGCACCUCCAUGGAAGCCACAGUGAAUAUCAAUUAGGAGGUAGUAUACUGCCUGAGGAGUUGAGCUUAUACUAUCAGGAUCCUCAAGGAGAAAUCCAAGGACCAUUUCUUGGUGCUGACAUCAUUUCAUGGUUUGAGCAAGGCUUUUUCGGGACUGAUCUACCAGUCCGCUUGGCAGAUGCUCCAGAGGGAACACCUUACCAAGAGUUGGGUGACCUCAUGCCGCAUCUGAAGUUUAUAGAUGGACAUGCCAAUAAUACUGAUAUAAGUUCUAAGGUAGAAGAGCCUGUAGCUUUGGAUGAGAAAUCUGGUCCUAAGGUAGAAGAUCACCACUGGAGUUUAAAUAGGUUUGACGGUCUACCGAUGCAGCAUGUUCAGUCGAGAAUUUCUGAGCAUGAAGGUCCGUUACAACUUCCAUAUACGAAUGGACAAAACUUUCAUGAUUUGUUUGCUCAAGAUGAAGAGAUUGUAUUUCCUGGGAGACCUGGAAGUGGUAGCAGUUCUAUAGGGAAUACAUCUGCAAGCAUAAGUGAUAUUUCUGCGAAUCCUAUAGGGAAUCCUUCUGUACGACUUGAAUUUAAGGAACCUGGUAUUCUGGAUCAGAGUGACAAAAAAUUGCAUCCUUUUGGGUUGUUGUUUUCUGAACUUGAAGGCACUUACUCAAGGCAUGGCCAGUCAUCGAACGUACCUUCUAGCAGUGGUGAUCAGGAUCAACUUGUCAACCCUAUUACAGGAAGAGUUUACUCUUUUGGCGCACUUAAUGAUUCGACUCAUGAUGCAGAAGCAUGGUCUGAUGUUUACCGAAGAAAUACAGUUCCUGGUCCGAGCUUGUAUCAAGGUGCCAUGGAUCCUCGUCGGUUGCCACAUAUGGAUCAAGAAUCCAUCCAUUUUGAUGUCCCAGAGGAGAAACUUUUGGCACAACAUGUUCAACUACUCCAGCGUAAGCUGUCAUCUCGCCAUUCCCAUUUGAAUGAGUCAGUGUUGGAACAGGUGCCAAGUCAGAAUUCUAUGCACCACCGUCUGACUAAUCAGGCAGGGCCGGACCUGGAACACCUUCUGGCACUACAGCUGCAGCAGCAGCAGCAGCAGCAGCAACAACGACAACUUCAGCUUCAACAUCAGUUGCAGCAACAGCAGCAUUUGCAUCAGCAGCAAUUGCUAUUGCAAGAGCAACAGCAGUCUCAAGCUCAACAGAUGGUUCUUGAGCAAAUACUGCAAAAUCAAAUGCAUGAUUCUGUCCCCGGACAGUCUCGCAUUGAUACUGUUAGAACCAAUAAUGUUCUCAAUCAGGUUUUGCUGGAGCAGCAACUUUUACAUGAACUACAACAGCGUGCUCCUCCUCCAAGUCAGGCUGAUGCAUCACUUGAGCAUCUUAUUCAGGCAAAAUUUGGUCAAACAUUGCAUCAAGGGCAUCAACAGGAUCUAUUGGGACUUGUGUCACUGUCAAAUCAAGGGCAGAUGCGAUCCCUGGAACAUCAGGUUCUUCCACAAGGGCAGUUGCACCCAAGGCAGUUGCCUCUAGGGUUGAGACCGCGUGUGGAGAUGGAUGAAGGGAGGCGUAUUGGUUCUAUCUGGCCUGUUGAGGAAACCAAUCAGUUCCUCAGACCUCCUCCUGGUGCACUUCGAGCUCACUCUGUGGGGCUUAGCCCAUUAGAUUAUUAUCAGCAACAACAGAGACCAUCUCUGGAAGAGCAGCUGAGCCACCUUGAGCGAGGUCUUUCUAUACAUGAUCGGUUCCAGCGAGGCCUUUAUGAUUCUGGCUUAAUUCCAUUUGAGCAAUCAAUGUCUUUACCUGUUGGUGCCCCACAUCCUGAUGUAAUGAAUGCUUUGGUACAUGGUCAUGGUCUAGAUAUGCAAGAACCAAGGGCACGAAUCCAUUCUGCUUCUCAAGUGGGUGGAUUCUCUGAUCUUCACUCGCAGCACCCUAUAAUUCCUAACCAAUUUCGUGCCCCACAUCCUGAUGUAAUCGAGGGCCACUGGUCUGAAAACAAUAGAGAUAGUCAGCUACAGAGAGAAUGGGCGGAAUCUCAGAUACGACAAAUGCAUCUUAAUACUGAGCUACAAAAUAGGGAGCUAGAAGUUAAAAUGUCUUCUAAAGAUUCAAGUUCUUGGAUGUCUUCUGGAACAAACAAUGAUGGCUCAAAGCGUUUCCUGAUGGAAUUUCUCCACCAAAAUUCUGGUCACCAGCCAACUGAUUCUUUAAAUAUGAGUACUGGGUUAUCAUAUGAUAGAAGGCUGCCUUCUGGUCGCUUUUCUGCAACAAGUACUUCUAAUCAACCCUUUAGUCUUUUAUCAGAUCGAGAAGCAGGUAAAAACUCACUUGGACCUUAUGGCUCUAAUUCUGGUGGUGUAACCAAUGAGAAGGCCAGUGUUUUGGAAAGCAGUGAUAGACUACCUCUUAGAUCCAACUCCGGAGUGCCUAGUGAACGAGACCGACUUUUUUCAGUCAUCAAUGACAACCCACAAGCAAUUUAUGCAAACUCUCACAUGAUUGCUAAACCCCCCACAGAAAGAGACUUAUUUGACAUGGAUGGUAAAAUGCAAGGAUUCAAAGGUGAAGUUAGUAUGUUUAAGGGGGCAGCUUUGGAUAUUCAAGAAAGCAUGGCUGAGAAGGCAGGAUUGAACCAUGGAGAAAUGUCUAUUCAUGCCAGUAGCAGGCAUAAUUCACUUGGCAUUGAUGGGGGUAAUUCAACCUUCCACAAUGAUCAAGUUGAUAUUGAUUAUUUCACAGAAGAGGUUGCUAAGGACCAGGUUCCAGCCCAUGCAUCCAAAGGCCUGGAGAGUUUUUUGCUGAAACGUCCAGUGGUCUCACGGACUUCCUCAUCCCAGGAGCAGUUGUUUGAGGCAUCUGAUCCAGUUGUCAGAGGCAAAACUCCUCCAACUUCACUUACAGGUGAAGGUGGAAGACGGGAGCAAGGGGGAUAUCUGGCAAAUCAGAAACCUGACAUCGUAGCGUCUGGCAAGAAAGAUGUUCAUUUUCGACGGAGCUCAUCUUGCAGCGAUACCGAUGUGUCAGAACCGUUGUUCGUUGACAUGCUUAAAAGCAAUGCUAAGAAGUCAGCUGCACAGGCAGAGAAUCCGGCAGUGGGAGCCUCGGAGUCAUCUGAUGGAACACAGGCAGGCCGAAGUGGGAAAAAGAAAGGGAAGAAAGGGAGGCAAAUUGACCCAGCCCUUCUAGGAUUCAAGGUAACAAGCAACCGCAUCAUGAUGGGUGAGAUACAGCGUAUAGAAGAUUAGACCUAUCGAUCUCAUCUUAGUAGAGCUCUGUUUUACCGUUCAUGUUUGUUCUAGAAGCUGUACAGCAAUGCAUAUCGUUUCUGUAAAGUAUUGUCAGUUAGAUAUUCUUUUAUUUGUUUUUUCCCAGCCCCCAUAAUUUUCAGUUAAUUUGUGAUGAUGUAGGGGCGUCGUCAGAAUUUGUCUUUAGAAAUCAAAGCCAUUCAUUCAGCAUGCGGCUUGUUCAUGAGUCAUUUAGUGGGUGGUUUUGUAGUGUUGAGUGUUAACACUCAUAUAUCGUAGGUACAGUUGAAGUGGUCCGUCCGUCGGAUGAGAGAAUCAUGUAUACAAAAAGCCGCCUUAUAUUA